GGAUUCUGCGCGCGCGCCCCCCCCCAGGACUGGAGCCAGUUUCCCGGUCCCGACGUCUCCCCAUGCCUGUUCUUUCCGGUGGUGGGCUUGCUGCGUCCUGGUCCGUCAGAGGAGCCCCGAGCGGAGCAGGCGCGUCACGCGUCUCACCGCACCAUCUUGAACCCUUUGACGGGGCUCUGUCGGAGUGGUGGGGUCUGAGGCCCGGCUCAGUGUUCAACCACGGCGUCCUCUACUGAAGGACCCCACGGCCCUGUGAGGCCCCGGAAGCCCUGCUUCUCCCGCCAGAACACGGGAGGCCUGCGGCUCAUCCCCAUCUUACCCCAGCUUCUCAAUAGUUUGUCCCACCUGAAGCCCUAACUCAGACCCCGGCAUCCCCAGCGGGCCACGUGCGCCCCGCGCCGCCGGUGCGCGCCCCGCCUCGGGGGAGGAGCCGGCCAGCUCCGGCCACUGUGUCAGAGCAGCAGCCAGCUCGUGCGCUCCGGCCGCCCAGGCUUCCUCUCCACCCCGGCUCGCUCCCGCCCUUUCCUCUUCCCUUUCAUUCCCAGGCUCUUCCCGCCGCCUCUCCCGGCCCUCCCGCCUUCGCAGUCGGCUUGGCGGCUCAAGCCGUGGGACCGAAAUUCUAGGCUGGUAACCGCGAAAACUGGAGAGAGCAAGAGCUGGGAGAACUGGAGAAAACCGCUCUCAUCUGACUUGACUCUGGCUAUGAACGAACGCUGCAUCGUAAUAAACAACUUUUGCAAAGCUUCUUCUGAGGCUCUGGGGGUGACUCUUCUCAGAUUCCUCUGGAGCUAAACCCUUUGCUGGACCCAUGCUCCAGCCUGUGCCCCCAUGACCAGGUGGAUAGAACUCCUUGUGUCUAUGACCCAGAACCCUGGCUGACCACAUUGAAGCAGGAUGCUCCAGCAGGUUAAUGGCCACAGUUCAGGCUCUGAUGCCCAAGGAGGAAAAUCCCUCAGAGAAGACCUACAGGAGUUCCUGGGCGGGGAGGCCCUGUUGCAUGAGCUGGAUGACCUCACCAAGGUGAAUCCUGUGACGCUGGAGACAGUCCUGAGGUGUUUGCAGGCUCGGUACACAGCGGACAUGUUCUACACCAGUGCUGGCUGCACCUUGGUGGCUCUGAACCCCUUCAAGCCUGUCCCUCAGCUCUACUCACCAGCACUGAUGAGAGAGUACCACGCUGCUCCUCAGCCCCAGAAACUGAGGCCUCACAUCUUUGCUGUGGGUGAACAGACCUAUAGGAAUGUCCAGAGCCUGAUUGAACCAGUCAACCAGUCUAUCAUUGUCAGCGGAGAGAGUGGUGCUGGAAAGACAUGGACAUCCCGCUGCCUGAUGAAGUUCUAUGCUGUGGUGGCUGCCUCACCCACAUCUUUAGAGAGUCACAAAAUUGCAGAGAGAAUUGAACAGCGCAUCUUAAACUCCAACCCUAUCAUGGAAGCUUUUGGGAAUGCGUGCACACUGAGGAAUAACAACAGCAGUCGCUUUGGGAAGUUCAUCCAGCUACAGCUGAACAGUGCCCAGCAGAUGACUGGAGCUGUAGUCCAGACGUACCUCCUAGAGAAAACUCGAGUGACCUGCCAGGCCUCCAGUGAGAGGAACUUCCACAUCUUCUACCAGAUCUGUAAAGGAGCCAGCGUGGAUGAGAGGCUCCAGUGGCACCUCCCUGAGGGAGCAUCCUUCUCUUGGCUACCUAACCCAGAGAGGACCUUGGAAGAGGAUUGUUUCCAGGUGACCAGAGAGGCCAUGCUUCAUUUGGGCAUUGACAUCCCCACUCAGAACAACAUCUUUCAGGUCCUGGCUGGACUGCUGCACCUCGGAAACAUCUGGUUUGCUGACUCUAAGGAUGAAGCCCAGUCCUGCCAGCUGAUGGACGAUGCCAAGUGUGAGAACAAGGAUGGGGGUCUGUGUAUCAGCUUUGGUCACACACCCAGGGAGCAGGGCUCUAUCAGGACAUCAGCCUCACUGCUGCAGCUUCCAGAAGACUCACUGCUGGAGACACUGCAGAUUAGAACCAUCAGGGCAGGCAGGCAGCAGCAGGUAUUCCAGAAGCCCUGCUCCCGAGCCGAGUGUGACACUCGCAGAGACUGUCUGGCCAAAUUAGUCUACGCACGGCUGUUUGACUGGCUGGUAUCCGUGAUCAAUAGCAGCAUCUGUGCAGACCCUGACUCCUGGACCACUUUCAUAGGCCUGCUGGAUGUAUAUGGAUUUGAAUCAUUUCCCAAUAACAGUCUGGAACAGUUGUGCAUCAACUAUGCCAACGAGAAGCUACAACAGCACUUUGUGGCUCACUACCUGAGGGCUCAGCAGGAGGAAUAUGCAGUUGAGGGCCUGGACUGGUCCUUUGUCAACUACCAGGACAACCAGGCCUGUUUGGAUCUCAUUGAGGGAAGCCCCAUCAGUAUCUGCUCCCUCAUAAAUGAGGAAUGCCGCCUUAAUCGGCCAAGCAGUGCAGCCCAGCUCCAGACACGCAUCGAGAGUGCCCUGGCAGGCAGUCCCUGCCUGGGCCACAACAAGCUCAGCCGGGAGCCCAGCUUCAUCGUGGUGCAUUAUGCAGGGCCUGUGCAGUACCACACGGCAGGUCUGGUGGAGAAGAACAAGGACCCUGUCCCCCCUGAGCUGACCAGGCUCCUACAGCAAUCCCAGGACCCCCUACUCAAGGUGCUAUUUCCUAUGGACCCUGAAGAGAAGUCCCAGGAAGAGCCCUCUGGCCAGAGCAGAGCCCCUGUUUUGACUGUGGUGUCCAAGUUCAAGGCCUCCCUGGAGCAGCUUCUGCAGGUUCUACAUAGCACCACGCCCCACUACAUUCGCUGCAUCAAGCCCAACAGCCAGGGCCAGGCGCACACCUUUCUCCAGGAGGAGGUCCUCAGUCAGCUGGAGGCCUGUGGCCUUGUGGAGACCAUUCACAUCAGUGCUGCUGGCUUCCCCAUCCGAAUCCCUCACCAGAACUUUGUGGAACGAUAUGAAUUACUGAGAAGGCUCUGUACUCGCACAUCCCCUGGAUCCCAUAGCCCAUCUCCUGAUGAAGGACAUUCAGAAUGGUCUCCACAUACCAAGGGAGCCACACUGCAACUUCUUCUCCAGGACAUCCUCCAUACUCUUCCAGCUCUAACUCCAGCAGCCACACCUGGUGACCCAGCCGAGGCCACACCAGUCCCAGUGCAUUGUGGCAGGACCAAAGUGUUUAUGACUGACUCCAUGUUGGAGCUUCUGGAAUGUGGGCGUGCCCAGGUGCUAGAGCAGUGUGCCUGCUGCAUCCAGGGAAGCUGGAGGCGACACCGGCACCGCAAGCAGGAGAGGCAGAGGCAGGCUGCCACGCUCAUCCAGGCAGCCAUUCGUUCCUGGUUAGCUCGGAAACACAUCCAGAGAAUGCACGCAGCUGCCACGGCCAUCAAACGCACAUGGCAGAAAUGGAGGAUCAGAAUGGCCUUCCUUGCUUCUAAAGAACUGGAUGGUGUGCAAGAAAAACACGUGUCUCAAGUUCCCCUUCCCUUGGGCUCCCUCCUGCUGCCCCAGGCACAGACCAGCCUCCUGGAAGCAAUAAUCCGCCUCUGGCCCCUGGGCCUGGUCUUGGCCAAUGCAGCUGUGGGUGUGCGUGGCUUUCAGAGGAAGCUGGUGGUUUGGGCCUGCCUCCAGCUCCCCAUGGGCAACCCCAGUAGCUAUGCAGUCCAGACGGCACAAGAACAAGCUGGUGUCACAUCCAUCCGAGCACUGCCUCAGGGCUCGAUCAAGUUCCACUGCAGGAAGUCUCCACUGCCUUAUGCUGACAUCUGCCCUGAACCUUCACUCCACAGUGUUACUGGCUUUAAUCAGAUUCUGCUGGAAAGACACAGCCUGGGCCACAUGUGAGUUAUUCUGACAUCCUAGCCUCACUAGGCUGAGCAAUCCUUCAGUGCCUUUGUGUCCAAAAGGCCUUUCCCUGCCAGCUGCCUUGCCAAAGACAUUCGAUCAACACUAAGCUGCCAAACUACUCCCACAGCAACAUUAAGUACACGUGAACAAGUGACAGCUCUCGCCCGCAACCUAGAGCUGCUACAGCCACCAGUGGCAUGGGGCUCCCAUCUACAUCUUAAGCCCUGACAGGUGUCAUGGGUUGGUUACCAAACCAGGACUAAGAAACCUCAGGGCCACAGAGAACUUCCCACAUUUUACUACCUUCAUAGAUCCGACUCACUGGUGUGGUUCAUCACUGCACCGGGGCACUUGCGAUUCCCUGCAAACAGAACAGGCCAUGUCAGCUUGAAGUUAACCCCAAAAUUUCGACUGAGUUAUUUGCAUUUCGUUCCUUUAAAAAGAACAAAGCCUUAUUUAGUAUGUUGGUUUAUUUAAUGUAAUUUCAAGCAUUUAUGACCUAAGGAUGAACAAUGCAAUUUACCAGAGAAUAACCAGAUCUUGAUUUUAUUUAGCAACAGUGAGCAAGUUUUAACUCAAAUGGGUAUAAAACUUGACAAACAGUAUCGUAUGUGAUGUCUAACCUGUACCCAAAUUAAAACAUUUAAAGACAACCA